GCUCACUGCUGGGCGAGGGAGGAAGGCGCAGGGAAGGAAAGCCAGCCCCCCAGACUCUGGGUGGGCUACGCCGCGGCCGGCGGACCUUCCUGGAUUGGAGAGGUGCGCGCCGUCUGCACCUCACCCUGCGGCUGACAUCUCCUGUCCAGGAGAUGGGCGCUGCAGCUUGAGUUUCUGAGUCUCGGGAACCACCACCUGCCCUUUGCCUCUGAGCUGUGCCAGGCGCCCAGAGAGAGUAUUCCAGACCUUAGAGAGGAGAUCAUCUUCAAAAAGCGAAAAUGAAGCUCACCUUUACACGCUGGGUUUUUGCCCUGUUCAUCUUUCUACAUCACCCAACCCCCGUUCUUCCUUCCGAUUCAAACACCACCUUUUCUCCAACAAUUGAGCCUGAGCCAUUCCUGUACGUCCUAGGACGAAAGAAGAUGAUGGAUGCACAGUUCCAAUGCUAUGAUCGAAUGGCAAAGUUACCCCCCUACCAAGGAGAAGGUCCAUACUGCAAUCGUUCCUGGGAUGGAUGGACUUGCUGGGAUGACACACCGGCUGGAGUGUUGUCCUAUCAGUACUGCCCCGAUUAUUUUCCAGAUUUUGAUCCAACAGAAAGGGUUACUAGAUACUGUGAUGAAAAAGGGUUUUGGUAUAAACAUCCUGAAGACAAUGAAACCUGGUCCAACUAUACCAUGUGCAACGCUUUCACUCCGGAGAAACUACAGGAUGCAUACAAUCUGUACUACUUGGCUAUCGUGGGUCAUUCUAUGUCGAUUUUCACCUUAGUGAUUUCGCUGGGGAUUUUCGUCUUUUUCAAGAACCUUAGCUGCCAAAGGGUGACUCUGCACAAGAACAUGUUUCUGACUUAUAUUCUGAAUUCUAUGAUUAUCAUCAUCCACCUGGUUGAAGUAGUCCCCAAUGGAGAGCUCGUGAGAAGGGACCCGGUGAGCUGCAAGAUUUUGCAUUUCUUUCACCAGUACAUGAUGGCAUGCAAUUAUUUCUGGAUGCUCUGCGAAGGGAUCUAUCUUCACACACUCAUUGUGGUGUCUGUGUUUACUGACAAACAUCAAAUGCGGUGGUAUUAUCUCUUGGGCUGGGGGUUCCCAUUGGUGCCAACCACUAUCCAUGCCGUUACUAGGGCGCUGUACUUCAAUGACAACUGCUGGCUGAGUGUGGAGACCCAGUUGCUUUACAUCAUCCACGGCCCUGUCAUGGCAGCAUUAGUGGUCAAUUUCUUCUUUUUGCUCAACAUUGUCCGGGUGCUCGUGAAAAAAAUAAGAGAAAACCAACAUGCUGAAUCGCACAUGUACCUGAAGGCGGUGAGGGCCACUCUGGUCCUGGUGCCCCUGCUGGGGAUCCAGUUCGUUGUCUUUCCCUGGAGACCUUCCAACAAGACACUUGCGAAAAUUUAUGAUUACCUGAUGCACUCUCUGAUUCAUUUCCAGGGAUUCUUUGUCUCGAUUAUCUACUGCUUAUGCAACAAUGAGGUGCAAACUACCCUGAAGCGUCAAUGGGCCCAACUCAAGACCCAAUGGGGUCUGCCUUGGAUGAGCGGCAACAGCCGCCAUGUCUCCAACGCUGCUGCUGCUGCUGCUGCUGCUGCCGCUGCUGCAGCUGCUGCCGAGGCAGACAACCUCCCUGUUUACAUCUGCCACCAGGAGCCAAGGAAUGGGCCCAUCAACAACCUGGGCAACGAGGGUGCUGAAGUCAUCGCUCUGGAAAUCAUUGAGCAAGAGUCAUCCGCUUGAAUGUGAAGCAAAUGCAGCAUCGUGAUCACUGAGCCUUCAUUUCCUGGGAAAAAGACAGACCAUGCAUUCCAAGUGAUCCCCAUCCUCCCAGGAGCUGAACAUAUCAUUUGUGAAGAAUUAUUAAGCAAAUUUGUCCAUAGUGAAUCUGAAGAAAGUUAUACUUGGUACUAUUGCUGUGGGAGACAGGCUAGGAAUGGAGUCUCCCACUGCAACUUGUGAACUCCAUCUUUCAUCCAGUACUGAGAUGCAGAUGUCAUAGUAGUGCAAGCAAAGUGUCCAACAAAAACACAAUUAAAUUGAUCUUGUUCAGAUACAGGGUGCUCCUUGUUAACCUUGAGCCAUUUAUACCUUUGAAAAAUUAAAAUUGCUGUCAAUAGUUUUCUUUUUAACUGGACUUUGAAUUAGAAUAUUUCUGUAUUUGGCUAUAGAUCAGAUUUUUAAUUUUUUUAAUUUCAGUCAAUUCUGAUGUUACUCAGAUGUUUUACCAUCCACACAAUUGUAAGCUGUAUAAAUUACAUGACCUCUGCAAGAUGAAAUGACUUUCUAAUACAGAGAUGACUAAGCACGUGUGGAAAAAGAACUGCCUUUGGUAGGAAGAUGUAAUGUUUUGAAUGACAAUGAAAUUUAGAGACAAUUUGCUUGAAUCAUUAGAUGGACCAAUUUAUUAAUUGGUGUAUUAACAUUGUAUGCUCAGCUUGGUUUUGGAUAAUCCUGUCCAAUGGGCAGCUUCUAACUGCUUUGAGGAAGUGACUUUCACAUUGAAUGUGCUUUGGUGGCUAAUGUUUAUAAGUUGGGAGGUCACAAAGAAUCCAUCACUAAAUUUCUCACAAAACUGCCAAAAAUAUAAUUCCUAGUGGAAGAGAAAACUCUCUUUAAAGAGAGUUUCCUAAGCUCUAGGAUUUAUAAAGCAAAACACUUCAAGGUUUAUAAAGCAGAUUACCUCUUGCCCUUGGGUGCUAUCUAGCAGUAAAAGAUAAAUUUGCUUAAGACUGGUAAUUAAAAGACUCCAUAUAAGUCCAUUAACUGCCUUCCACCCAGCUUAAAGCUUAAUAAGAUCUUAGUCUUUUCCAGAAAGAUUCACUAGGGCUAGUUAGAAAUCAGUUUCUAGUUGACCUCUUGUUUGCUGCUAUUAGCAAAACAAGAGGAAAAAAAUGUAACUGCUACAGGUUUGACCAUAUACCAAUUCAUUUAAGAUAAUAGUAGAGUUUCUCAUUAAAACCCAGUAUUAUAUUCCCACAUCACUCUUUACUUCCUCCCUUAAAAAUCUUUGAAAAUCCCUGAAUGAACCAGUAUCAUUGCUGGCACCUGAAAUUAAUUUGUGAAUUUGCAACAUAAUCAGUUACCAUUAUAUAAUUUGCAUGCUAAAUGAGGAGAUACAUUGAAAGCCUCCAAAUCUCAAAUCUUAUCUGUGUCAUCCUAUCCCACUACCUUUCAGAAAUGAUUUAGUUGUGGAAGGACAAAAAAAUAUUGACUUAUUCUGGUUACAUAUUUUGUGCACCCAAAGAAAAUUAUAUUUCUUCAGUGAAAAUGCAUUUUGGAUACUAAGUAGUUUAAGUCUCCUUUACUGAAUGUAAGGGAGGUGUUGAAAAGAAGGUAUUUUUCCAGUCAUAGUAUUUAUGUAGUGGUAUUCCUAUUUUUGUUUACAACAUGGAAAAACAGAGUAUUAUAGGCAGCUCUAGUACAAAUGUGAUAAUAUAUUGCUAAGAUAUUCUAGAUGUUAUUGUGCUAAUAUAGUAGGGGCUGAAAAAAUCCAAACAGCUUGCCGUAGAAUUGCACAUAGUGUCAAAAUUAUGUGAAAUGCUUAUGCUAUGUAUAUGUAUAAAUUAAUACAGAGUGUGUUACAAGCAAAAAGAUGUACAUUUGCCUAUUUUUCUAAAAAAAUAUAUUCUU